UUUCAGAUUACGACCUUUCAGAUUCGUACACGCUGAUCGUUAGCAACGAGAUUUUCGAAAAAAUAUUAGAGUGCUGUGAAAGAUAGAAAUAUCGUGUGUACGAAAAUGAAUCUUAAACUACAUUUAUUAUUUGUGUUUGUUAUCGUCAUAUUAACACACAAGAUCAUAGCUGAAGAAUCAGAUCCAUCACCAUGUCUAUUGCCUGUGAAAAUUGGUCAUUGUAGAGCGGCUAUACCGAGAUAUGCAUACAAUUCAACUUCCGAGCAAUGUGAACAAUUCAAAUAUAGUGGCUGUCAUGGAAACGCAAAUAAUUUUGAAAAUAUAGCUAAGUGCGAAGAGACAUGUAAACCUGCAGAGUAACGAUCGAUGAAUAAAAAUGCUAAACAACAGAUUCUGUAAAGAUUUAA